CUAUACUCUAUCAUAAGUACCCUACACUGUAAUAGAGCUCCAUCAGAUUCAAAGCCAGCCUCAAAGACGUCUCUGUCAACAAGAACGAAGUCAACCCAAAUCAACAACUUCGAAACCGAACCCUGAUCGACAUAUCGUAAACAGAUCAACAGAAACAACAUCAUUUUCAGCCAUGGCAGACGGAAACAGAUCAACAUUGAAAGAAUUCAUCGCGUCUAUCUCGACAAUCAAAGGCGACCUCUCAAACAUCACCGCCCCUCCAUUUUUGCUGGCAUCUCAAUCGACCGUUGAAUUUCCUUCUUACUGGUGCGAGCGACCACAAUUACUAUGUGCUCCGGCAUCUGAGCCAGACCCGCAGAAGCGCUGCUUACUGGUAUUGAAAUGGUUCCUUGCAAGUCUGAAGCGCCAGCAGUAUGCCGGUAGGGACGAGAAUGCGGGUGUGAAGAAGCCAUUGAAUGCUUUCUUGGGCGAGAUCUUCAUGGGUGCAUGGGGAGGUACGAGUGGAGAAGGAAGAACUUGCUUGAUCUCUGAGCAAGUCAGUCAUCAUCCACCCAUCACAGCAUGUUACCUUUGGAACGACGAGCAAGGUGUCAGAGCGGAAGGAUAUGCUUGUCAGAAUAUCACCUUCUCAGGUACCGUCAACAUCAAACAGAUUGGCCACGCAAUCAUCCAUCUCGACAAAUGGAACGAAGACUACCUCAUACCUCUGCCCUCGGUGAAAGUUUCUGGACUGAUCACUGGAACGCCAUACCCGGAACUUGUCGGCAGCUAUGACAUCGUGUCUUCCUCCGGCUACGUCGCAAGCGUGGACUUUUCUGGAAAGCGUCUACUAGGUCUGGCAGGCAAGAAGAACGGUCUGCACGCGGCUGUAUACUCAGCAGACGACAGCAGUCGCAAGCACCCGAUUUAUACUCUGGACGGCAGCUGGAACGACGUCUUCACUAUUCGCGACGAGAAGAACAAUUCAGUUGUUGAGGAUUUCGACACAAAUGCCCAUCCACCGCUGCCAGUCCAAGUACCUGACGAUCCGACUCUGGACCCCUACGAAAGCAGAAAAGCAUGGGGACCAACUAUCUCCGCAUUGAACUCUGGCAACAUGCAAGCCGUUGUUGAUGCAAAAAGCAAAGUCGAGCAAGGCCAACGUGAGAUGAGAAAGAAAGAAGAGGCAGAAGGCAAGACCUGGACGCCACUUUUCUUCCAAAAGGUACAAAGCGAGUCAAGGCUUGAGAAGCUGAAGAGUGCGGCACACGGAGAUGCAGAGAUGGAUGGUACGCAGGGCAUCUGGCGUUGGGUAGGCACAGAGAAGGCCGAAAAAGUUGACAGGCCCUUCCAUGGAGAUCUCAUACCAUGGUUGACCUAAUUCGAAAGGGUCGAUUGAUUCAGCAAGUAAGGAUGACCUUGGACACGGAUAUACAUCGAGACUACGCCACACCCGCAUAGCGGUAGAUUUCCCGCCUACCAUUCGAGAUGGUCAAUCAAGCGGACUCAGAGAGUCAGAUUUUCAAUGUAGCAAACCUAUCGUGGACUAUGGCAGUGUCUAGCUCGCAUCGGCCAGCAGAAGUCAACCUUGACUUGUUCAAUGCCAUUGCUCACCACGAAGAGGCAUAUCAGCAAGCGAUAGAUAGUAUGGCAAAGUAAAUGGAGCAAAGACGGGAGAGCUGCUCUCGCAUUUGAGAGAACCAUGGAGAACUCUGCAGACCGUCAUCGUGAUACCAGAGUACUCGGCACGACCGGCCGGAGCUGUAUCAUUAUCUUCAUGUUCGGUACCCGAGAAUCAACAAGUGAUAACGUGC